AUGCAUUGCAGCUCGUAUGCACUGACCUGCCUGUCAUUAGCAUUUGGUGCCAUGUCUAGUGUGACACUGGCGCUGGCUGUGGCCACCGAUGCCUGGAUAUUCAUGUCGGAACCGCUGACUCUUUCACGGGAGAUUCUAGAUAUGUUCAACAUGACGGAACAACACCACAUCAUGGUGCACGUGCGGUCCGGACUUUGGAGGGUCUGCACCAUUAACCUAGCGAAUGGAACGAUUCCUGACCAGUGCAUACCGAUCAACUACAGUCAGCGAGGUUCUGGCCGCCUGGAAGGAGCUCCCACAAGCAUGACAAUAGUAGGUGCUAUUCGAAUUUCGGCACCGUUGCAAGUGGCUGCCUUAGUGCUGUGUGGUCUAGCUGUACUUUUCAGCGUGGCUGGAUCUUAUCAAGCAGACGUGAAAACUCUUGUGUCGGGCGUGUUCUACAUUCUGGCAGGUCUGUGUCUCUCUGUGGGGAUUAUCCUGUACAUCUCUGCCAUCAACGACGAGGUUGGCCAUCGCACCAGCAACAGCGACGAUCCGUUUUCGUUCAAGUACACGUACGGCUGGUCGUUCUUUGUAGCUGGGGUCGGCUUCCUGUCAUCAGAACUAGCUGCCAUCACCAGUAUCACGCUCUUUCUUAGAAGACAUUCCGACCCAAGAGGCAUGGUGCAAAUUAUCCCUGGCUUGAAUGAUAAACUAUUUUAUGACGAGACUCACAGUAUCAUUAGAAUUAAUAAUACGGAAAACAUUUUUAUGCUUAGUCAAUAUAAAUAGAAUCAGUAAAGAGAAACACUCCUUAGA